UUACAAUAGGAAUUCCACGUAGCAUUUUUAUGUUGUAUGUUGACGUUUACGAUAACGUUAUGACAAAAUGAACGCCCCAUCAUGUUAUCAAUAUGAUUUGCAGAUAAACAUACUUGCUCUACAGUGUAAUCUUAAAAAAUGAGUACUAAAUUUUGUAUUUUGAUAACUGGAGGUGCAGGAUAUGUUGGCUCUCAUACAGUCAUUGAUCUACUCAAAAAUGGUCAUGAGGUGGUGGUUGUAGAUAAUUUAUGUAAUACAUACUGUGCCAAAGGGGAAGCUCUGCCCGAAUCUUUAAAACGAGCUCAGGAAAUUACAGGAAGAUCUGUGGUAUUUUAUGAUGUAGAUAUAAGGAACAAAGAUGAUUUAGUCACUGUAUUCAAAAAUCAUAAAAUUGAUUGUGUGGGUCACUUCGCUGCCCUAAAAGCCGUUGGAGAGUCCUGUAUUAAACCAUUGCUUUAUUACCAAAAUAAUAUCACAGGAACCAAUGUGUUACUAGAAGUAAUGGCCCAAAACGGAGUUUUUCAUUUCCUUUACUCUAGUUCUGCAACUGUCUAUGGAACACCCCAAUGCUUACCAAUUCCCGAAUCCCAUCCUACAGGCUCUGGAUGCACAAACCCAUAUGGAAAAUCAAAAUAUUUUGUUGAAGAAAUACUUAAGGAUUUAUGUACAUCAGAUGAAAAAUUUGCAGUGAUUUGUUUGAGGUACUUCAAUCCUGUAGGAGCACACGAAUCUGGUAAAAUUGGAGAGGAUCCAAAUGGAAUACCAAAUAAUUUGAUGCCAUAUAUUGCUCAGGUGGCAGUAGGUAAAAGGGAUUUAGUAACCGUGUAUGGCUCCAAUUAUGACACAAAAGAUGGUACAGGUGUAAGGGAUUAUAUUCAUAUUUCUGAUUUAUCUUUAGGUCAUGUAAAAGCAUUGGAGAUGCUGAUGCAUCCAAUGUUCAAAGGAUGGAAAGCAUAUAAUUUGGGUACUGGUCAAGGAUAUUCGGUCUUAGAAGUUAUUAGGGCAUUUUCAAAAUCGUGUGGCCAUGAAGUAAAAUACAAAAUUGGGGAUCGAAGGCUUGGUGAUGUAGCAUCCUGUUAUGCAGAUCCAACACUCGCACAAAAUGAGUUGCAUUGGAGGGCUACGAAAACUUUACAAGACAUGUGUGAUGAUACAUGGAGAUGGCAAAAAAUGAAUCCAGAAGGUUACAAGCCAGUAAACUAG